CAGACAGAGAGAGACAGACAAACAGACAGAGAGAGAGAGAAAGAGAGACAGAUACAGACAGACAGAGAGAGAGCAGACCCUAAACUGUGUCAGGAUGGGUCCGAUCAGGUUAUCUCUCCAGCUCCUCUUCUACUGUGCGCUGGCACAACCCUCUUUCCUGGACAAUAUUGUCAGUCUCCCUGCAGUGUUCAGGUCUCUGGGUCAGAGGAGGUCGUUCAGCCCGUGCUGUCUCCUGGCCCCGCCUCCACCCCCACUGUUCCCGCCCCCUUUGCUGCUAUGGGAACAGCCCAUCCCUAGCCUGGAGCCCAAUCUUCUGCUAACGGUGAAGGACGUUGUAGAGGAGGAAGAAGAGGAAAAUAAAUCAAUGUUUGAUGUCUGUACCUCCCCUGCCCCGCCCAAACCUCCGCCCCCAGCCCCGCCCGGCCCCCCCGGCCCCCCCGGCCCCCCCGGGGCUGCAGGGCCCAUGGGUCCGAGUGGAAUCCCAGGAGAACAGGGACCAAAGGGAGAAAAGGGAGAUAUUGGCCGUUCAGGAUCAAAGGGUCAUACCGGUCCACCUGGUCUCCCGGGGCGGCAGGGCCCGGCCGGCUGGCCUGGACCAAACGGACCUAAAGGUGAGAAGGGGGAUCCAGGCCUCCUGGGGUCACCGGGGGUCAGAGGUCAAAUCGGCCCAAAGGGCUUGCCUGGAUACAAAGGGGAAAAGGGGGCGCGAGGGGUUCGGGGCGAGGCCGGGCUGCGGGGGGAGAAGGGUCCGAUGGGUCUCUCUGGAAUGCUGGGACAGAAGGGUGAGAUGGGUCUGAAAGGGGAACCGGGUGUUUUGGGGAGCAGAGGUCUGGCAGGGGGCCCAGGGAAGAGGGGUAAACGGGGUGGGAGGGGGGAUAUUGGGCUCCUGGGCCCCGUGGGACGUGCAGGACCCCCCGGCCCCACAGGACCCCCCGGCCCCCCGGGCCUUCCUGCCUCAGGGCUCUUUCUGGUGGGGGAAAAGGGAGAGAGGGGUUUGCCUGGCGCCCCUGGUCAGUGUGACUGCUUCACCCCCCUGAACACCAACAAACCCCCCCAUGAGGAACAUCUGCCCCAGGGCAACUACGCGCGCGUGCCCCUGAUCUUUGUGGUGAGCAGUGAGGAGGAGCUGGCUCAGCUGCAUGUGGAGAAUGCGCUGGCCUUCCGGAGGGAUCAGCGGACCCUCUAUUUUAAGGAUGUGGACGGAUGGCAGCCGAUGCAGCUCACGCCGUUUCAAGCAACGGAGGGCGUGGCGGAUGUGGGCGGAGUCUCGGCGGAGGGGGGCGGGGCCUGUGGGGACGGCUGGGUGCAGAUGCAUCGUGGGGAGGCCUGUGAUGAUGGCAACAACAUCAUAACAGACAGCUGCGUCAAGUGCCAGCGGGCGUACUGUGGGGAUGGGUAUCGCUAUGAGGGGGUGGAGGACUGUGAUGGGAAAGACUUUGGUUUUCACACCUGCAAAUCCUUCCUUCCAGGGACAUUUGGCCAGCUGACGUGUACAGCAUUCUGUACCAUCGACUCAACAAACUGCAAGUAUAUCACCUGAGUGCUCAAAGGACAACCAGAAACCCUCCAGAACUCUUACCUACAAAACCCACAGUCCAUAGUAGUUGAGUUGACCACUGGCCAGGCAUUGGAACACUGCAUUCUGUCUUAAUCUCUCAACCAGGGCUUCACAGCCCCACCCCUGGCUACGCGCCCAGCUGGCUCAUUGGACCUCACCUUUUACCUGACACUCAGACACACCUGUACACAGACCACACCCCUCAGACACACCUGUACACAGACCACACCCCUCAGACACACCUGUACACAGACCACACCCCUCAGACACACCUGUACACAUGUAAAUUAUUAUGAUGUCAUAAUGAUGUCACACUGUACCAAAGAUUCUGUCUGGUUGCAUUUCCUGUUUGUUGCUAAGAGUUGCUUGUCUGUGUAUUUGUGUGUGGUAUGAUAAUCUCUGCCUCACUGGUGCUCCUAAAGGAGGGUUUCACCCAAAUUCAGUUUUUACUCACUUUCAGAAGCUGUGCCUGCUGUGAUGAGCUCGACUGAUUUUGUUCAUUAUUUUUCUUGUCGGGCAAAGAUUGAAAGAUCCACACGGGUGCGGAUUCUGGCCUGUGAAAGAUGUGGCUCAUAUGAUGUUUUAAAAGGAAGAUGUGAUAGCUCAUAUGUAAUACAAUGUAAUCUGAUAUGUAAUGAAAUAUCUUAAUAUCUGAUAUGUAAUAUAAUUAUAUCUAAUGUUAUAUAACAAUAUCUAGUCUGUAAUCCUGCUUGGUUUAGUGUCAGUGUGAGGAUGGACUGUGAUAUCUGUGAGACCCACAGAAACACUCAAUCAGCACACAGAGGACAACCCCCCUUCACUGCCAUGCAGAAAUGAAGAGAUGGAGAGAUGGAGAGAUGGAGAGGGAAGAGUUUUUAUUGAACCUGAAGUGAAGCACAGUGCUGCAGUGAACAUACACAACUGUGUGUGCAGG